AUGAUUUGUUUAACAGAAGAGAGCAGUCAUUCUAAAAAAUUUGAUCUAAAACAAUUGCUUGCUUAAAAAUACAAGAAAUAAAUUAGAAAUAAUUCAUAAUUCUCUUUAAAUUAGAUCACUUAGAGAGAUUAUUAUCAUCCAAGUUAUUUACCCGCUCGUUCUCCACCUAAUUUAUAAUUUUAGAAUUGGAACAAUUCCGUAAAAUCAAAUAAUUCAAAGAAAACAUAAUUUAGUAAAUAAAUCACUAAAAAAUGCAAAACCUUACCUAUAAAUGAUUUAAACCAAUAAGAAAUCUUUAAAAAAAUAGAUUUUAAAUAAAAUGUUUAACCAAAAAUAUCGUAAGUCAAAAAUAGAAGCAUCACUUGUAAAAUACCUGUUUCAACCUAAUUUAAAAUUAUUUAAGUUGAAUUGAGUUCUUAAUCUCCAUAAUUUUAAAUUAAGGAUUAAGAAAUCUAUACUCCUAAACGGCCUUAAUCAAGGUUAAAUUCGUCAUUCCAAAAAUAUAAGAAAAUAUGUUUAGCGAAACCUUCAUAUGGGUUAGGAUUGAAGGUUGAAAAGUGUAAAAUACUUGAUAGAUUGAAAACUAUCUCAUCAUCACCUUAAAAUAAACCUUUUAAAAUAAAAAUAUUUAAAUCUAGCAUCCCAUAGGAUAAAUAAUAAAGGCCUAUUAUUUAUACACCUAAAAUCUAAGUAUUAAAUUUCAAAAAGAAAUCGUCCAUUCAAUUGACUAAAUGGGAAUAUUCUGAUUUAGAGAAUGAUUGA